AUGUCGGUCUCUUACGAUGCGGGAAAUGAGAUCACUAAUGUGACGUGGAUCACUGCGCUUCUGAGCGAACGCGACGUGGCUGGCCAGAUCCCUAUCAAUUUUGUGAUCAAUCCUGCGGUAGCACUCUCAUCUGCCUGUUUCGGCAAUGGCUUGUAUGCUACCAAGGCGGCUGGAGACUGCAUAUCCAAUCUUCUUGCUGUCGGUUACAGACGACUGUAUGUAGACCUUUACUGGUCGACCUCUCGAAGAAAAUGGACAUUCUGUCCAGCAGAGAUUCCAAACGCAGACAGUGUUGUAAUGUCAUCAGCCGCAACUGCGGACUUGACCAAGUCGACUGUCACCACCGCCAGCAGCACUUAUUCCACAGCCACUGGGAUUUCGGGUCUAGCUACAGCUUCUUCCACGGGCUAUGAAAACUCAAAUGGAGAAACUAUUCUUCAGCUGGGGUCUUACAGAUGUUCCAGAGACCUGGACUUAACUACGUUGUCUGACAUUCUUCGUGGCUUCUUCACCAACACAAAGUCCCAACUUCUGAUAUCCACCAACUAUCUGAUUCUGAAUCUUCGCGUUGCAUCCAAUGGGCUGGAAUCAGCGGAUUCAACUCGGCCACUUGCACCUGAGAAUUUGCCCGCUUCGGAUUCCGAACGACUUGGCUCGGCGCUGGACCAGGCCCUGGCGAGCUAUCUCUAUACUCCCUCUGAACUGGCUUCAGACCGUAGCAACCUGGGGAAUUCCUGGUUCCAGGUGGAUGAGAAGCACAAACCAAUCGUGGAUUACUUCACCCUUCAUACAGACAGCGCAGGGAUUCAGAGCACCCCGGAUGGAUGGCCAUCAUCAAGCUACGUUCAGCUUGCCAAAACUGAUCGAUUGUUCGUUGGAUAUGGAUCGAUCGACCCACGACUUGCUGCCUAUGACUACAAAUUGGACGGAGAUAUCAUCUUUCCGCCUGGCUAUUUGACUUCCACGAUUAAUAUCACCACCACUUCGAACGGAAGCGUGUCUUCUGGCUGUCUGUUCAAGCCCGGUGCGACUGAAAUUUCCCAAGCCAAUUCAUCGUGGGCAUUCUCCGCUAGCCUCCCGAUCCCUGCCAUGUCAUCUGGCAAUGAGACGUUGGCAUCCGUCACAAGGCUUACCUCCAAUAUUGGUGGAUGUGGAUUAUCCAUCGUAUUGAAUUCUACUCUUUUCGGUGAAACGGCCGACGCAAAUGUCGCGAACUAUCGAAAUGUGUUUCUGUCUACUAGCUGGGCAUGGGUGGACGGGCAACCAAACGGUGCAGCUACCGGGGGUGGCACGAACGACGUCCCCAGCUUUGACCGGUGUGCUGUGUUAGAUGUGUCGAGUCAGGGUCACUGGCGUACAGCAAAUUGUUCUCAGCAUCGACGAGCUGCCUGUCGCAUUGGGACAGGUCCUUUUUCGUGGUCUUUAUCGAACGCUACGGCAGAGUACAACGAUGCGGCCAAUCAUUGUCCGCCUCAAUCGAGUCCUGCCGUUCCUCGAACUGGCUUGGAGAAUACCUACCUCUACAGAUAUCUUCUCAAUCAACCGAAAGACAUCAUCGAUCCCACGUCACUGGAUCCGGCCCAUCGAGAGGUAUUUCUCGAUUUCAACUCCAUCGACAUCACAUCCUGUUGGGUCUCGGGGGGUCCAACGGCGAAAUGCCCCUACGCUUCCGAUCCUCAGCAGCUGGAGCAUCGAACAGUUCUCGUUGCCGCCAUUGCUGGUAUUAUCAUCGUCAUCAUCACCGCACUGACGUUGUUCGUGAAAUGCAACGCCAACCGACGUAAUACACGCCGGCGAAAGCGCGUGAUUGGAGGCUGGGAAUAUGAAGGCGUGCCUUCAUAG